CACGCCCCCCUCUUCUUCUUCUUCUUCUUCGUCGUUGGAAACUAACAAACAAACCAAACAGCCAAUUUGUCUUGGUCAAAGACAUCGAUUCCCUCAAUCUCUAAGCUCACAGAUUCUUACCGUAUCAUCCCACAGUGUGUUGUGCUCAGAGUUUUCAGACAUCACCGGGUCGCUAGGUCACAGGUGGGAGUGGGGAUAAUAAUGGCAAGCAACAAUGAGAUGGAGAAAUCGAGUAAAGACAAGGAACCAACAACGCCCCCGCCGCCUCCUCCCUCUUCACAGGAACCUUCGUCUGCUGUGAGUGCUGCUGGCAUGGCUACUCCAGAUUGGUCUGGUUUUCAGGCAUAUUCUCCUAUGCCGCCUCAUGGUUUUGUGGCUUCAAGUCCUCAGCCUCACCCUUAUAUGUGGGGGGUUCAGCAUAUGAUGCCUCCUUAUGGAACUCCUCCACCUCAUCCGUAUGUUACAAUGUAUCCCCCAGGUGGCAUGUACGGCCAUCCUUCAAUGCCUCCGGGCUCUUAUCCAUAUAGCCCCUAUGCUAUGCCUUCUCCCAAUGGAAUGACCGAAGCUUCUGGGAAUACUACUGGUGGCACGGAGGGUGAUGCUAAACAACCUGAAGUGAAGGAAAAAUUGCCUAUCAAAAGAUCAAGAGGAAGCUUGGGAAGUUUGAACAUGAUUACAGGAAAGAACAAUGAGCCUGGGAAAAACUCAGGAGCAUCAGCUAAUGGAGCUUACUCUAAAAGUGGGGAAAGUGCUUCUGAUGGUUCAAGUGAAGGAAGUGAUGCAAACUCUCAAAAUGGUUCAGGAUCUGGACAAGACGGGAAGGAUGCAUCAGAGAAUGGUGGUUCUUCUGCUAAUGCCCCCCGAAACGGAACACCGGUGAGCCAGACCGUGCCAAUCAUGCCGAUGCCAGCUGCAGGUCCACCAACGAAUUUAAACAUUGGGAUGGAAUAUUGGGGUGCUCCUCCUACUUCAGCCGCUAUCCCUGGAAUGCAUGGGAAAGCAACAACAUCAUCAGUUCCUGGAGUCGUUCCUCCAGUCUCGCGAGAUGGUGGUCAUUCACAACCCUGGUUACAGGACGAUAGAGAAGUUAAGCGACAGAAGCGGAAGCAGUCCAAUAGGGAGUCUGCUAGAAGAUCCAGGUUGCGUAAACAGGCGGAAUGUGAUGAACUGGCACAACGAGCUGAGUUGUUGAAUGACGAAAACGCAAGUCUCAGAGCAGAAAUCAACAGGCUCAAAAGCCAGUGCGAAGAGCUCGCCUCUGAGAAUACCUCUCUCAAGGACCAACUUUUAUCAUUCCCUUCACUUGAAGGCAUUAACAUGGACAAGGGCGACCAAGAACCAGAGACCUCUCAAACAGUAGUCGCAGAGACAAAAGGUUGAUAAAAAGCAAAACAUAUAGUGAAACCAAUUCCUAAACACAGUGUUACAAAAAGUGGCAUUAGAAGCAACAAUACUCGGCCCUUCUUUGCUAACAGAUGGUUUGUAAGAUUUUCAGGUGUUAGAGAUCAGUUGGCUCGGAAUAGUUUCUUUAUUUAGCCCUUUGUUGAGGAUGCUCUGGGUCAUAUCUGUGUACUACAUAAGCUACUAAAAGUAGCUAUUAGGAUGUUAAGAAAUUAUCUUCUUUUUAAUGUUUUGAAUUCUAGUUGCAGAAGUGAAUUUGAGGAGGCGCCAUUAAGACACAAUGUACCUUUCUGUAUCAAAUGUACCCAUUUUCUAGCUGA